AUGGGCAACAUCUCCUCCAACAUCUCGGCCUUCCAGUCGCUGCACAUCGUCAUGCUGGGCUUAGACUCGGCCGGCAAGACCACGGUGCUGUACCGGCUCAAGUUCAACGAGUUUGUGAACACGGUGCCCACCAUCGGCUUCAACACCGAGAAGAUCAAGCUGAGCAACGGCACUGCCAAGGGCAUAAGCUGCCACUUCUGGGACGUGGGCGGCCAGGAGAAGCUGCGGCCGCUGUGGAAGUCCUACAGCCGCUGCACGGACGGCAUCAUCUACGUGGUGGACUCGGUGGACGUGGACCGGCUGGAGGAAGCCAAGACCGAGCUGCACAAGGUGACCAAGUUCGCGGAGAACCAGGGCACGCCGCUGCUGGUCAUCGCCAACAAGCAGGACCUGCCCAAGUCGCUGCCGGUAGCUGAGAUCGAGAAGCAGCUGGCGCUGCACGAGCUCAUCCCGGCCACCACCUACCACGUCCAGCCGGCCUGCGCCAUCAUCGGCGAGGGCCUCACCGAGGGCAUGGACAAGCUCUACGAGAUGAUCCUCAAACGCAGGAAGUCCCUGAAGCAGAAGAAGAAGCGGUAACGCGCGUCCGGCGCCCCAGGGUCCCGGAACGCAUGGGCUUGGGUGCCUGGGUGCAGGGGGCGGAGGAGGACUCGAGCCCGCGGACAAAGACAGCGAACCAAAGCGACGCCUCAGGCUCCUGUCCGCGUCGGCGCCCGGAUGCGGGGUUGCUGCGGACUUAGGCCGGGCGUGAGGGCUGACCUGCCGCUACCCCUCCCCACCCCGGCGCAGGGGACCUUUUGUCUGAACGCCCUCCAGGGCUGCGGAUGGGGUGGGAGCGGAGGAGUUGGGGUUGGGGGAACUCUGCUGCGCACCCGCCCAGGUGGCAGGUUCCCGAGUCACGGAGACAAAGCGAUUUUCCCCCACUCCUGAGAGGGCUGCCCCGCCCCCACUGCGGGGAUGGCACCUGUGAGCCACCUGAGGUAUGCAGCUCCAGUCCCCACCCUCCGCCCUCCCCCGACCCUGGGGGCACCCAUCUUGGAGCAGGUUAUCAGUAGCUGCAGUGGGGAGGACUCCUUGGGGGACGCCCAGCCCUUGGCCUUCAGGGGCUGUGGAAGCUGAGUCAUUUUAUGUCACAGGGCAGGUCCCUGUUGGCAAUUUCGUUUGUCCUGCUCUGGGCUCCGGGGCGGCGAGGGGGUGGGAUGGAGGGUGGGUGGGGCCGACGGAGGACUUCCUGGGACAAUGCAACCACUCCAGGCCCCCUACCCCGGCGCCGGGCUGGCCCGGCCAGGGCUGGGCUCGGGCAAUGGAGAAGGCCCUCUGUCCUCACUGCUUUGCGGUGGGUACAGAAGCCAGAGGGGACAAACUGCAUUUGAGCGUGGCAUCGGACAUCUUCCGGAUGCUUUGGACCCUGUCAGUAUGAGGUCGUUAUCCCACAAAAGAGACCAAUAAAAAUUAAUGGAAAAAAAAUCAAAGAAACCCACAAGCUGUUGAAGGUGGUGGCGAAUGAUGCUGUGACGUGUGCCUGACAGGUAAAGGUGGUUCAGGGUGAGGCUGAUGGGGGUGUGUGUGUGUGGCUGGCUGCAGGGACCUCCCCUGCGCUGUGUGAUGGGCAGAAUUAGCCAGAUCCACCCGUGUGGAAUUUCAGAUUCUCUGAGCCUGCUGCCCGGUGUGGACUGGCUCACCAGCUGGAAAUGUGUGCUGAAUGGCAAAAUGCGAUUUUGGUUUUUUCUUUUUCUUGCUGUUGUAAUCCCAACCACGUGAUAAUGGGUUUUCAGACAUGUUGAAGGAAACAAGAAGAAAGAAAAAAAAAAGCCUUUAGCCUUUACAAGUAUUCCGUGCCCUAGAACCUUAGGGAAAAAAGGAAAGGGAAAAAACAAGCCAACUGCUCUGCCCACUUCCAAGCCUUGACGCUGCAAGCAGCAACACGUCCUGGUAUCUGAUUUGGUUCCCCAUGGCCGCUCUCUGGCUGCAGGGUCUUAUUCAGAGUUGCCUCGUUGGAGCAUUUGACGUCAUGCAUCGCCCC